AAUUAUUGGUUCAUGGCGUCGAGGUGUCUAGUGUACAAGAACCAGAGCCAAACGGUGAAGGGGUACCUCGCGGCUAUCAAGUACUUCCAUAAACUGGACGCAGGCUGGGAGCUGCCCACGUCUCACUUCAGAGUGGUAGCAGUUGGGAAGGCAAUAGACAGACUGCAUGCGAGGGCAGAGACGAAACCGUUGGUAAGGCAGCCGCUCACCGUGCCGAUGAUCAUUACUGGUAGAGAAAGAGCGCAGACGAAUGCUUUCGGACUAGUGACGUGGAUGGGGAUCGCUCUCUCAUAUUUCUUGCUGUGCCGAGCGUCUGAGCUGUGGGCCUACCAGAACGGCUUAGUACACGCCGAUUUUUGUCUCACGAGAGGGAACCUCGUAUUCUUCGAAGGAGCGUGUCGGCUAGCGCGGAACGAAAGAAGGCGGGCAGACAGAGUAGAAGUGACCUUUCGCGCGUCGAAAGCGGACCAAAAGAGGCGAGGCGCGGUAGUAACGAGAGAGUGGUGCGGGACGAGGAAGGGGGACAGAUGGCUGAGAAGAUGAGAUCGCUAGAGAUCUUGCUGAAUCUGCUUGACGUGCACCCAGAGUUAGGAAGUAGCGCGCGGCUCAUUCAGUCGGUCAAGCAGGGACGGUGGGCAGUAGUGUCGAGGUCGGAAGCGACGACAGUGCUGAGAGACAUGGCGAGAAGAGUAGGAGAAGACCCAACGCACUUCGCGCUGCAUUCAGGGAGGAUAGGUGGUGCGACGCAACUAGCAAAGCAGGGCGCAUCGGUUAUUCAGAUUCAGAGGGCGGGGAGGUGGAAGUCAGGAGCGUUUAUGACGUACGUUAGGGCAGGAGGCGAAGGCGCUAAUUAUGUAUCGCGCGCACUAGCGUCUACCUGAAGGGGAGAAGUAGCGUGGACAAGAGCGCCGAGUAUCGGGCCGCGCAAUGGGAUAUGACCUGGGCAUAGACGUCGGGUUGGCCCGAUAAGUGAUACCUAGUGAGUCCGAGAAGAAGUCAAUGGUUCGGCUCAUAGGUUGGAUUUUGGUUUUGAUCUUUUUUGGUUUCGGUGUUUCUGAUUUCUUGUCGCUUUCCUAAUAAUCCAAAUUUCUUGAGCAAACACAAAACGAAGGAUUCGGUAUAACCGUGAAUCCGUGGUUUGUGGAAGCGUUCCGGAAAUUUCGUGAAAGAGCGGCGAGAGGCAAAAAAGGGUACACGGGGGUAUAGCUAUAUAUACAGGGUGCAAAGAAGAGAGAUAGAGUGGCAGAAGCUUUUGGAAUCCUUGGGAAGCCGAGGACCUCGAAGGGAAAAGCGUUGCAUCGCCCGCGAAGGCAGUGCAGCAAAGCAGCAGCGAGAGAAAAGAGUUUUCGUUUGGGACUUGAUCGAAUUUUCCCACCCACC